CAUUUGGAAAGUCUGUUCGUCCUGCGCACCAGUCGCCCUCACGAGCUGAACUCGACACGGAUAGGAGACCUCGCUGCAGACCCGGAGCGCCGGCCUUCACUCCGACCCCCGUCUCCUUUGGUCCGAUCAGAAGUGUCGCUUAAGGAUUAAUGAGUCACAAAGGCACCCAGCUUCUCCUUUAAGGCUCAUUUCGGCGUUUUUCGGCUUUACGCCUGGACUGCCUUACAUCUUCCCUUUCUUAUUCGCUUCAUUUGAGGAUACCUGGACCUCUACUGAUGGAACGGGGUCACUCCAACGUUCUCCUGCAGCCGCCCAACACCACCUAACAUUUCCUGGAAGAACGUGUCCAUCGCCUGCUCUCGACAAACAUGGACUGUUUUCCCAUGCUUUAUUUUCUGUCGAGACAUCAUGAUUCCUGGUAAUCGAAUGCUGAUGGUCAUUUUAAUAUGCCAAGUCCUGCUGGGAGAGAGCAACCAUGCUAGUCUGAUACCUGAAGAAGGGAAAAAGAAAGUACCGGGCCUGCAGGGUCGUUCGGCCGCUCAGAGCCAUGAACUGCUGCGGGACUUCGAGGCCACGCUGCUGCACAUGUUCGGCCUCAAGAGGCGGCCGCGGCCCAGCCGCUCGGCCACUGUGCCGCGCUACCUGCUCGACCUCUACCGGCUACAGUCCGGGGAGGCCGAAGACGUCGGAGGGCACGACAUCGCUUUCGAGUACCCGGAGAGGUCCACCAGCAGGGCCAACACUGUGAGGGGCUUCCACCAUGAAGAGCACAUGGAGAGGGUGCAUGAGCUGGAUGAUGGAGAAGCCACGCCCCUUCGCUUCCUGUUUAACCUCACCAGCAUUCCAGAGGACGAGCUGCUGUCUUCGGCCGAGCUGAGGCUCUACCGCCAACAGAUCGACGAGGCCGUCGCCGACAGCCUUGCGGAAGACCAGGGACUCCACCGGAUAAACGUCUACGAGGUGCUGAAGCCCCCGCGACCUGGGCAGCUCAUCACACAGCUCUUGGAUACGCGGCUGGUGCGUCACAAUGCGUCACGCUGGGAGAGCUUCGACGUGAGCCCCGCUGUGCUGCGCUGGACUCGUGAAGGCCACCCGAACUACGGGCUGGCGGUGGAGGUCCUGCACCUCAACAAGACGUCGCAGCACGGGGGCCGACACGUCCGCAUCAGCCGCUCGCUCCACCAGGAGCCCGGUGAGGACUGGGAGCAGCUGCGUCCCCUCUUGGUUACCUUCGGCCACGACGGGAAGGGACAUCCGCUGACCCGCCGGAGCAAGCGGAGCCCCAAGCAGCGGGGCCGUAAACGUAACCGCAGCUGUCGGCGCCACGCACUGUAUGUUGACUUCAGCGAUGUAGGCUGGAAUGACUGGAUAGUGGCGCCCCCUGGCUACCAAGCCUACUACUGCCACGGGGAAUGUCCCUUUCCUCUGGCGGAUCAUCUGAACUCAACCAACCACGCCAUCGUGCAGACAUUGGUGAACUCUGUGAACAACAACAUUCCCAAGGCGUGCUGCGUGCCCACGGAGCUCAGCGCCAUCUCCAUGCUCUACCUGGACGAACACGACAAGGUGGUCCUAAAAAACUACCAGGAAAUGGUGGUGGAGGGCUGCGGCUGCCGCUAACACUCGGACCACUCUGACUGACUUUAACAAAAGCUGCAUGGACGCUGAAACCAAGCAGAAGGUCUUUACUCCCAAAAAUGCUCACUUGGACCCUUAUUUAUAACUUUUAUGUUGAGGUGUAUGUUUGUCUCACUUUUUUGUUUCUUUGACAAUAUGAUCAUAUAUUUUGACAAAAUAUAUAUAUUUAUAUCUACAUAUAAAAAAUAAAUUGAGUCCUUAUUUUAAACAUAAAAAGCUGUACAACUUUUCAUAAUGUACAUUAGAUUGUAUAAGGUUUUUUAUUGAGAAAAUAGUAAAACAAUCUAAAAAGCAAA